GUCAUGGACCGCCUAUCCCUUCAAUGAAUGGCAGCAUCGGCCGAUGAAAUAAUUCACGGCAUACGCAUGCACUCUGCUUACAACAGCAUGCGCUUUCUACAACUCCUUGCGCCCUCUCACCACUCCUGCUCGGCAUCGUACGCACGAUAAGACAUAGACCUUCCGCUGCCAUCCGGCAUAAGACUUGUCGGCGCCCCCGGCGAUUUCUUCACUUUCUUAGUUGUCCGUUCUUGCCAUUCUUCAUCAGCGAACAUCAUGGCCACGCAGACGCCUACGCCGUCCACAGAGCCCUUGCGGGCUGCCACACCCACGCAACCGUCGUCAACGCCUGAGCAGAUGCCGCCAGACCAGCCAGCAGCAGCGCAUCUCGCCGUACCUGGCAUCGCACUUGAAGCACCAAGCGACGACGACGAACGGCAGCCACGAAGCGCCGCCCAGAAUGCCAACACAAGCCAGAACGUCAGUCGAGCAGCCUCUCCAAACCCGUCCGCCAUCUAUCCAAACACACAAGUCGUAUUCGAAGACCCCGACUUCACACGGCCGCCGCCGUUGAACUACUCGCUGCGCCCGCGCAAGAAGGCCAUCUUCUGGUUCUGGUUUCUUAUAUUCUUGGACUGCGUGUGCAUGCCCAUUGGGCUGUACUUUGGCAUGUGGUACGGCUUGACGCGGGAUCAGCUGAGCGCCAAUGCAGUCUUCAGUAUCAGUACCGCGCUGCUGGGGACGGUGUCCAUAGUGGAGUACUUCAUUCGCUUCCGAAGGUUGUGGAGGAAGAAUUCGAACUGCAGGGUCAUUGGCGCGCAAAGAUACUACCUCGACUGGUUCCACUGGAAUCUCUCCGUAGGCUGGUUCUUCGUCAUGAUCGAACUGAUUGCCGGAACCUGCCCCCACGACCCGCCCAUCCGCGUCCUCGCCAUCCCCGCCGCCACCAUGCUCUUCGCCAUCGGCCUCGAGCUCCUCGUCGUCGACAUCCUGCGCAUCGCCGGCAUCCGCGCCCCCUGCCGCAUCUCCUCGCUCCCCAUGGGCGCACCACUGCGCCCUGGAAUCUACGCCUACAUCGAGGACGUGUGCGCCGUGGAUGGCUCCGGCGGCACCGAGUUCAGACAGCGACUCAACCUGCGGUACCAGGCGAGCAAGGCGUUCCGCGAGAUGCUGCACCGGUUGACGCUGUUCUGGGCGAUUGGCGCGAUUGGAUGCUCCGUGGUCACGACUGCGAUUGUGUUUACGAUCCAGCGCGAUGCUGCGUAUGUGGUUGGCUGGACACUGCCCUUCAUCUGGGCUGGCGUCUGGACGGCCAUGACGAUCCCGUGGGUCAAGAAGAGCCUAGCUAAGGAAUACGACGAAUGGACAGCCGCGAAGUGGAAGGCUUGAGUCCGCUACAUCCUUUCGUUUCAACUUUUCUUGUAUCGUUAUGGGAAGAACGGUCAUGGCGGUGGCGUUCUAGGGUCUAUGAUCACGAAGUAUGGCUAGUAGGCAUACAGUACACAUCGGGCGGCACUCUUACUUAGAUACCAUUUCCACCAACCACAACAGCGCGAAAUUGCAGCUCGAUAGCAGAGUAUAGCAGAGCAUAGACAGCUACGCAAACAUAUCACCAUCAACAACAAACUCUCUGCAU